GCGGUGGGGGGGGCGGGAGGAAGGUAGCGGAGCCGGCCCUGCCGCCAUGUUGGGUCUGAGGCGACUGCUGUGAGGCGCCGACGGGAGCGAGCGGAGGAGCGAGCCAGCGAGCGAGCGAGCGAGCGAGGAGUCGUGUGAGGGGGGCGGCCGUAGCGGCGUGGGAUCUGCCUCUCUACGAGCAGCCCGGAGCGGAGGCGGCGGCGGGAAGGCGGCGGCGGCGGGCGCCAUGAGCGGGGGCACUCCUUAUAUCGGUAGCAAGAUCAGCCUCAUCUCCAAGGCGGAGAUCCGCUACGAGGGCAUCCUCUACACCAUCGAUACCGAGAACUCCACUGUAGCCCUCGCCAAAGCCAUGGUUUUCUUUCAGUCCUCACUAGGGUCUUCAUCAUCCUCAUUCCAGUCAGUGAGUUCCUAUGGACCGUUUGGCAGGAUGCCAACAUACAGUCAGUUCAGCCCAAGUACAUUAGUCGGGCAGCAGUUUGGUGCAGUUGGUGUUGCUGGAAACUCCUUGACAUCUUUUGGAACAGAAUCGUCAAACAGUGGUACCUUGUCCCAAAGUAAUACAGUUGGUUCUGCCUUUACACAAGACACAAGAUCUGUAAAAACCCAGUUAUCUCAAGGUCGUUCAAGCCCUCAGUUAGACCCUUUGAGAAAAAGUCCAACCAUGGAACAAGCAGUACAGACCGCCUCGGCCCACUUACCUACUCCAGCACCUGUUGGGAGAAGGAGCCCUGUAUCAACCAGGCCUUUGCCAUCUACCAGCCAAAAAGCAAUAGAGAAUCAAGAGCACAGGCGAGCUGAAGUACACAAAGUGUCAAGGCCAGAAAAUGAACAACUCAGAAAUGACAGCAAGAGACAAGUAGUUCCAAGUGCUCCUUCAGCUCCAAGAAGAGGGCGUGGGGGCCACCGAGGUGGCAGGGGAAGAUUUGGCAUUCGGCGAGACAGUCCGAUGAAAUUUGAGAAAGACUUUGACUUUGAAAGUGCAAAUGCACAAUUUAACAAGGAGGAGAUUGACAGAGAGUUUCAUAAUAAACUUAAAUUGAAAGAAGAUAAACUCGAGAAGCAAGAGAAACCUGUAAAUGGGGAAGAUAAAGGAGACUCAGGAGUAGACACCCAAAACAGUGAAGGAAAUGUUGAUGAAGAAGACCCACUUGGACCUAAUUGCUAUUAUGACAAAACUAAGUCCUUCUUUGAUAAUAUUUCUUGCGAUGAUAAUAGAGAAAGGAGACCAACCUGGGCUGAAGAGAGGAGGUUAAAUGCUGAGACAUUUGGAAUCCCACUUCGUCCAAACCGUGGCCGAGGAGGCUACAGAGGCAGAGGAGGUCUUGGUUUCCGUGGUAGCAGAGGGCGUGGUGGUGGCAGAGGAGGGACCUUUACUGCCCCUAGAGGAUUUCGUGGUGGAUUCAGAGGAGGCCGUGGGGGCCGAGAGUUUGCAGAUUUUGAAUAUAGGAAAGACAACAAAGUUGCUGCAUAGUCUACAAACAAGUCUUUGAAAAUAGGUGAAUUUCUAGCUCUUCAUGUUCCUGAAAAUUGGUUUCUGUCUUUGUGAAGAAUGAAGAAGUGAAUUUGCUGUAUAUUUGUCACCAGCACUGGGUUUUGUUUAUUUUCUGCUUAAUUUCAAAGAUAAAAUGCAGUUACUUUUUUGGAGGGUGGGGGGUGGGAGGCGGGCAGCUCAUCUUUUAAAAAAAAUGAGCGUUAAAUAUAUUUGGAACAGGAAAAUGUUAAGUAACUUUUUAUGUAUAGUUAAACUAAAGCUGUACUUCAGUGGGACUUACAGUUUUUGUUUUUUUGUUUUUCAUCACUGAAAAGAUUUUUCUUAUCACUGAAUUGUAUUUGGCAAUUAUUGCAAGUUGCCCGCAGACAGGGCCGUGAUACUGUGUUUGGAGCCACCGAAGGGUUUUGUGUGUGUGUACGUGUGUGUACGUGUGUGUGUGUAUGUGUGAGUGUGUGUGAGUGUGACUUUCUGGAAAUCCUAUAAUGAGGUAGCUUAUUUCGUCGAUUAAUUAGGGUGCUGGAUGGUAGAGAAUUUUGUCAGUCAACUAUGUAUACACAGUAAAUACUGUUUCUUAGGCAAAGGUAACUUUUUUAUAUAGUUGUAAAAUUCCAUUAUAUUCCAUUGCCAAAGAAACAUUAAGAACUUUGUAUAGCUGUAUAAAAAGCAACUAAUUUUUUAAAGAAUAAACAUUUUAAAGUCAGCAACCAUACUGUGUCCUUGCAGAAAUCGAUGAGCUGAGGAGCAGGGUCAUGGUGGCUCUUCUUUCUCUGAGCUUUCCAGGCUACAGUUUUUGAUUUCUUUUUUUAAUGUUUGGAACAUAAAUAAAGAUUUGAUACGUUCUUCCAUUAUCUAAAAAGGAUAAAUUGUUCCUGCUCCAUGUCAGAACUUCUUUUUGUAGCAAAUGGCAUACCACAGGAUUUGUCCAAAUAGAUAUUUUCAGAAUAUGAAUGUAAAUAAUCAUAGAUAAGAAUGUACUAGCUGUAUUUUCAAAUAAGUAAUCCUCCCCUCUUUUUUUAAAAAAACACAUUAAAAUUAGGCAUCAGCCUAUUCUUGGACAUGACUGUAAUUUUUUUUUCAAUAACAUUGACUCAUUCCAUUAUGUUUUAAGAGGAUUCAGAAUGUUCAAAAUUAUUUUGGCAACAUUAUCAUUGGCAUUGGUCCUUGGGCCUGUGACCCACAAAUGACUCAAUAUAGAGUUCACGGCUAAUUAUAAAUUACUGGUCAAACCUUUUGAUAUUUAAGCUGUAGUAGGAAAAAAAAAUCUGGCCACUUUUGUUUUUUUUUAUGAAGGCCAUGGAAUAAAGGGAUCCAAAGAUUUAAAUAUUUUUAUCUUUUUGUUGUUGCUGUUGAUCUUUGUCCUUACAAUAUUCAGGAGUGAGUGACAAAGAUGUGA